AGUCAAAGUAUAUACAAAUCACUUAAAGUACAAAUACUUGUACUUUACUAUCGCUAUUUAUUUUUGUAAUUGAAUAUUGAUUUACUAAAAAAGUAUCAAAGAUGGGAGCAAAAAAGAAAAAAGAAGCAGCUAAACUAAAGGCUGAAGAAGAAGCUCGUAAAUUUGCCAAACGUGAGGAGCUGCGACGUGAAAUGGCAGCCCAAGCGCUUAAAAGAGGUGAACUGGAUAAAAACUGGCGUGAACUGAUGCUUAAAAUCAAAGAACCUGUAUUUAGACAAGAUAUCGAGGUACUAUGGCAUGUUUUUGAUAGGGUGUAUGAUAAAAAAGAUCAUCUAAUAAAUUGUACUAUGAAACUAAUGAACGUAGCUGAAGAUCAGUUUCAAAGAACUAUUGCAAGUUUCUGUGAUACUAUCGAUACAAUGAUUAACAAAUUUCUGGCUGAAAUGGAAGAACUUUCACAAAAUAAUAAUAUUAAAACAAAAAAUCUACUAAAACUAGGUCAGCAUGAAGCAACUCGAAUUAUGACAGAUCAUGUAGCUGCGGAAACCCAUCUACAACUUUUAAUAUUUCACGGCCAUACUACGGCAGAUACGGAAGUAUGGGCGAAAAGAGGGGAAAACUUAGUCAAAGAAGACGAGGAACGAAACAAAUAUGCAAAUGAUCGAGAAAAUUUGCGUUCAUAUCUUGAAAACAACCUUAAUACAAUGUGGGACGAAUACAAAGCUGUCCUUAAAACGUACGUUACAGAAACAGCAGAAAACCAAAAGCGUGUCCGAAAGUUGCGUAGAAAAGAAAAUUUAAUGGCUGAUGUUAUAGCGUCGCAGGCGAAAAAAAUUGCAAAUAGUGAUGAUCUUUUGCGGCGCCUACGUACGGAGCUAGGAGCAUACGAAUCUGGAACAAAACAAGCCGUGUUUCGUGAUCGACGUGAUCGCCAUCGCGCCGCUUGUUUCAAUUUGAAAAAGGGCAUGAUAGAUGGGUGCGCAUUAGAUGAAAGGCAGCUGACACUCUUGGUGAAGGAAUCAGAUGAUACCCUUGAAUGGCUGCGAGCUGCUCAUAAGAAGGGAGAAAAAAUCCUUCGUUUAGCUGCACUUUGUCGCAGAUAUGAAACCCAGCGCGAAAAAGUAAUGCCUUAUGGUUCUAAUCUACCACAUCCGCCAGUUGAAUCUAAAGUAUGCGUUCGCAAGCAAAAUUCCGAAGACGCACUCGUAACCAACGCAAUGGCAUCCACAUCUGGAUUGACCCGGUUAUGGCAAAAAGUAGCUAAAGCUGACCUCUCCCGGAAGGCGCUAUGGCGUGAAAAAUCAUUGUUGGAAGAAGAAAAUGCUUUAAUAAUUAGGAAAGUUCAAGAAUAUCAAGAAGGUCAGUUCCAGCCAGAAAGUAACACUAAAUGCCUCUGUACAAGGGAAGGCAAAAAAAAAUAUUCACACCCAGUUGCUAUUGAUGGUGGACUUGAAAUGGCCAAGUACUUCUGACCGAUACAAUAUACUACUA